CUCGUUCGUAAAUUGAAAUAUCAUUCAACAAGUGUUAUUUCUGUUAAUUGUUUUUACUUUCUUACUUCUCAGUUUUCCUCAAUUUUAUGUUAUCUUGGAUAGAUAACUGUUAUUGAAGUUUACAUUUGUUGAAAUCAAUCUCAUCUCUAAGUCGGAUCAUUUGUAUUGAAAACAGACUUAAGCAUUGGUUGUUUUUGCAAUGUUUAUCAAUGAACUGCCAGACGAUUGUUUGCUCAUCAUUUUUGGUCUAAUAAAUGAAUUAGAUGAUUUAGUAAACUGUUAUAAAGUAUGCAGCAAAUGGAGUCAUUUAAUUGUGGAGCGAACCAGAGGAGUUAAAUAUUUAGUUGAACAUUCUGAUCCGUGGGAUGAAGAUGUAUCUCCAAGAUAUCCAUCUGGCUAUGUUUAUUACCAAACAGAAGAACCAAUGGAUGGAGCUUGUUUGAGCACAUUAUUUCCUAAUUUAAUGAUUGCCGAAUUUUCUUGUCGAUUUGGUGAAAAAGUAAAAUACCAAGAUAUUGUUACAUUUGUCAAAAGGAUAAAAUCUGUUAACGGAAUCAUCAAUAAAUUUUCUAACGAAAAUGAAUCAAUAUUGCAAUAUUGUAAUCAAAUCGAGAUGUUAUCCACCAAUACCAUUGAGCCAUGCAUAAAAAAGAACGGUGUCAAUAUUAAACAAUUGCACCUUUGGAACUAUAAGAUCGAUUUUUUCAAAGAAGAUGCCCAUUAUUUUCCAAAUCUUGAAAGACUUCACAUUGGUGAUAUUAGAGGCAAUCUAGAUAAAUACUAUGAUGGUCCCAUAUUCAGAAGACUUGAAAUAUUUGAAUUUUUAUCUUCUUGUUCAGACAUUCAAUAUGCUUUCCAGUUCAUGGAUUCAUGUCCAAACUUACAAAGUGCACACAUUUGCUUGCAAUCUCAUCGUAUUUUUGUCGAUGGAUCAGUAAAACACGAAUCUUUGCAAGAUUUAGUUAUAGAAAUUAAUGGAGUGGAGCGUCCUACUAGUUUCGACUGGAAUGAAACGAAAAGAUUGUUUAUGAAAUAUCCAAAUCUUAAAUAUCUUUCAUUGUGGGGAUACAUGGACCUGGAAAAUGAACAUAUUGAGCAAUUGGUUCGCAUUUUACCCAAUUUAGUGUUAUUUGAUGUUCGUGAUUGUCCAAUAGUCACUCAAAAGGCUGCUGAUUAUGUUCAAGGUUAUAAUAAAUUACACGGACGAUCAAUCAAGUUAUAUUUUAAUGAUAAUCACUAUGAAAUUAAAACAGAUUGGCCUCAUUUACCCAUUAAACGUGAAAAAAUCAGUCAAGGUUUUGAUUUCAUGAAACAUUGUUUUCUCAAGAGUUUUUUCAUCCUUCCUACUUUCUUAAUGCCUAGUGAGGACUGAAUAACUGAAUUCACACCUUUGUCUAUUGGUAUCUUUAUCAAAAGUCUAAACAAUCGAUCAUAAUCUUGGACUAUCUUUGUGAAAUUACAGAGUGUUAACACCUAUAACGCUGGAGAAUUGAGUAUUCGUAUUUUUGUAUCACAGAAUCUCAUUUCAAUUUCUUAUAAACAGUCUUAUUUCCCUACUUCUUCAUGAAAUAUUAAUAAUAACAUGAACAUAACUUAUCAAACUGUUGCUGAUAUUUCGACGCUAAAAAUGUAAUAUCGAUAAAUAUUGAAAAUACUGUACCCUCAAGUGGAAUAAAUUUCAAGAAACAUAAGAAAUUCAAUAAAAAGAUAUUUGAA